GCUCACCACUCGCCUGUUUACAGUCGUCAGCAACACACGGGGGAAGUGCCAUAGUGCCUCCCCACAGUGAUAUGUUCCUGAAUAUGUAGUUAUCACAUGUUUUACAUUGGUGCAAAGCGUGUUUUGAGUAUAGUGUAGUUACUUGUCUAUCGGGAAAUCAUAAGUUCCAACCAUAAUGAUGGAAAACCUUGAUAAAUAUAUAGAUAAUAGAAAAGAGGAAGAUGCGGGUGUGAAACAUGGGGUGCCAAGUGGGGCCCAGAGUGGCAGCGAGAAGAGGGAGGGGAAGAGUGAGGCUGAAGACACAGAUAACCCCAAGAAUAGCAGCUCCUCUAUGAUGCUGGGGUUGCUCGAGGAGUUCACGAAAAUUUAUUCAGAUCGCCUCCAACGCGUAGAAGAGACAGCAAAGAACGAAGGGAAAGAAUAUUUACAGAACAAGGUGUCUGUGCUGGAGUCAUGGGUGCGAGACCUUGGGGAGCAGAAUGCAGUGUUGGUGGCCACCGUGGAGGAGCUGGAGAGAGAGGCUGCUGAGAGGGUGGCUCUGCUGGAGGAUCGCCUCACCAAGAUGGCUGCCACUACACGCCAGUCAUGCGUAUCACUCAGGGAUCAUCAGAUACAGGUAUCCUCUCUGGUGAGUGACAAGAUAGGCCUUGAAAAUGAGACCAAGGAGCUUGAGGAGAAGAUUCUUGCCCUAGAAAGAAGAAAUUCUCGUCUCAUAGAGGAGAACAGUGGCUUACACAGUGACAUCAACAGUCUCACACAGGUGAUUGCUCGUGCCAGAGGAACAGGCCAGUGGGAGACAGAUGACCUAACCUUCUCAUUUAUAACACCAGAACAAUUGUUUGGACCUGUCCUCUCCUCAUCAAGACAAUCUUCUCCACCUCUUAAGGAGAGUCAGCAUGAUUAUUUCCAGCCCCUUAGUGAUGAACCCAUCAAAAAAGAUCAUUCAUCUGCAGCAAGUUCUAUAUCAAACAUUCAGGACAUGGAGAUCAGUGCCUAUGGAGGACGUAAUUCUGAGAAAACACUACUAAUCAUGAAGCUGAGAGCAGACCUUCAAAAUCUACAAUCUCUGAAUGAAGAUGCCAACAGUCAACUCCUGGAGAGAGACAAGCAAAUAGCAGAUUUACAGAGUCAGCUGACAGAAAUGCUACAGAAGAUGUCAGCAAGGCACUCAGAGGCUGGCAACCAAAGCCACACUCUGCAGGAACUUCAGCAUCACAGGAAACAUGAUAAAGUGGAGAUGACUUACAACGAGGAAAUAAUCCAUAAUAUACUGUCAAAGAAAUCUUCAGCCAAGAAUGAGACCUCCAAAGAUGUGACUCUAAGCUUGUGGAAGUCUUAUCCUCUUACUGGAGUUCAUAAUGAAACUCAACUGAAUGAGAACACUGAUGUACUGGUAAGCAGGUUGGCUGAGCUGGAGAAUGAGUGCCAACACUUGCGAAUACAGCACAAAGCUCUUCAGGAUUCUCAUAACUUGUGUACCCCAACUAUUAGUAUGUUAAAGGAACAACUGAACAGGUCCCAUCAGACGCAAGUGGAGCUUCGUACAGUUUUAACAGCAGAAGUAGCACAGCGGCAUGACCAACUGAUUGCUCUUCAUGAUGAGCAUAAGGAGUAUGAACAAAAACAUCAUGAAACACUGAUGCAACUCCAGCUCAAGACUGAAAUCAUAAAGGAUCUUAGAAAAGAAAUCAAGUUAUUAAAGGAAAACCUGGAAGCGUUCGAAAAGAGUGAUCUAACUCCAGUGAGAGAAAGCAGUAAUUUAAGGGAGAGCAAGUGUGCAGAGACACAGACUUCUGAGACUGUCAUAACUUGUAAUGAAACCCCAGAAGAAGAGGCGAGUGGAGCAUCAAGUGGCUGUUACUCCAGCUUAUCUCAGUCCUCGCAAAUCUCAAAAUUAGAAAAUGAGCUUGCAGAAAAAAGUAUACUGCUUCGAGAGCUUCAGAGCCAUCUUGCUUCAUCUCGCCAGGAGCUUCAUCUUAAAGAUGAAACUCUAUACAAGUUGGAGCAAAAACUUGACUCCUCGCGCCGUGAGGGAGGUGAGAAAGGAGAUCGCAUGGAUUAUUUGACAGGCCAGCUUACAAAUCUACAGCUUGAGGUGGGCCGCACUCACGGUCAGGCUGAACAGCUGCGAAGACAGGUUGAAAACAAAAAUAACUUGAUUCAAAAGCUUGAGACUGAAAACUCUUCCAUGACACGGCAACUCAACGAUAAGUCUUCCACACUGGAGAGAUUCCAGACAGAGUUGAUGAAAGUAUCGUCAGAACUGGACAAAAAAAAACGAGAGGCAAGUGAACAGAGACUCACCAUCAGUGCCCUGCAGGAUGCACUGGUUUCUAGCAAGAGGUCUUGUGAUGAACUUCGUUCUCGGGUGAACAGUGAUUACAGCUCAUGGGGCAGUGAGGCAGUGAGACUUGAGCAUGACCUGAGGGAGGCCCAGGCCCUACAACAUCACACCUACUCCCAGCUAGUGGAAUGUGGAGCAAGAGGAGAGGUGCUGAGAGAAGAAAACCAUGCACUAAGCCGCCGAGUAGCCCUGCUGGAGGAGGCUCAGGUACACAGCCCACAUCUUCACCACUGGAAGGUGCAAACUGAAGAGGCAACACGUAAUUUGAUGCAGGCAAAAAAAGAGGCGGACAUGGCCAGCAAAGACCGUGAACAACUCACUCGACAGCUACAAGAAGCAGAUAGGCAGCGACAAGACUUAGUGACCUCCCUUCAGCUGCUGCAGGGACAGGUUCAGGCUCUCGAAGAGGAUGUGAGGGCAGCUACUGCAGCACGCACUGAGGCAGAACGCAAAGCAGAUGAGGCAUGGAGGAAAAGUCUUCAUCUGCAGGAGAGACUUUCAGCUCAGGAGACAAGCGAAAGUGUUGAGCGACUUGGCCGGCAGUUGGAGGAGACAGUGGCAGCCCUUACUACUACGAGAGAUGAGGCUAGGAUCAAGACAGAGCAACUGCGGCGGGCACAGCUGGACAUAGAACAACUUAACGAUGCCCUUGGCUAUGAGAAAGACCUCAAUACUUCUCUGCAUGACCAGGUAGAGGCAUUGGUGAAGGAGGUGGCAGCACAUGAAGACAAGGUGGAGGGGCUGAAGAAGGAGGUGCGGCGUCAGGCUAGGGAGGCCUCACAGAUGGAAAAGAAGUUUUCAGCCAGUGAGUCACAGGCAGAAGAGUUGAGACGACAGGUGAGGACACUGGAGGGACUACUGCAAGAAGAACAGCAAGAGGUGGUAGUCCUACAGGAAUCACUAACCCAGGAAUCAAAACUAUUGAAGGAGACACGAGCCAAGGUGGACCAGGCUAAGAAGGAGGUAGCUCGAGGAGAAGAAAAAUCCACAGGGCUAAAAAGGGACCUGCAAGAUGCCAAAGACAAGAUAGUUCGUCUAGAAAAUCGGAUCCAUGAGAUGGAAGGGGAACGUGAGACUGAGGUGGCGCUGGUGGCGGAGCGACUGACAGCAGCCCAUGAGGAGAGUGUGAGGCGCCUGGAGGAGUCUCUGGUGGCUUACACAAGGGUGCAGGACCACGACCACUUCCAGGUAGAGGGCUUGGAAGAGUCUCUGGCAGAAGUUGGGUCACGGCUGGCAGAAGCAGAAUUACAACUUAAGGAUGCACAACAGGAGAGAGAUGCCCUGGGUCGCAGUCUGCGCCAAGAGAGAGCAGGGCGUGAGGAGGAAGCCAAAGAGCACCAACGACAAAUGUUCAGAUUAUCGGAGGAGAACUCCCUUCUGAAGGCUAGGCUGGAGAGUGUUCAAGAAGAGACAGCAGUGUGGCAGAGGCAGUGCGAGGACCUAGAGCAGCGACACGCCCUCUCUGGUGCUGCAUCCACCACAACCCCAAACAGCAGCCUUCUCACACAGCUGGCUAGGGCACAGCGACAGGUGGAGGAGCUGAAGGAAGAAGUGAGAGAGGCAAGGCAGGAAAAGCGGUCUGCGGAAGAGGAAAAGACUCACGCUCAUGAGCAAGUUCUCAGUCUCAUACGUGAAUGCAAUGCCCUUGAGGAGCAGAUCCAUCGACUGACCAAAGACAAGUGUCGGCUAGAAGAGCAGGUGUCAGGACGGGAGGCUGAUCUCACUAUGGCCAGAGACUCUACAAGAGCCCUUAAGGAGGACCUCGCCCUCAAGACAGAACACAUCACACAUAUUGAGAAUGAACUCUGCAUGUUAAAGAAGACCCUUGAGGCUGGGGAGGCUGGAGAAACAGUGAGGCGUGAGGCUAGUGAGGUGCGCCGCUUGUUGCUGGAGAGAGACACCCAGGCUAGGGUGGCACAACUCAAGCUCACCACCUUACAGAGGUCACUCCAGGAAAAGCAGAGUGAGGUUUCUUUGUUGGAAGAAAAACUGCAGGAAGCUCAUAUGGAGGUCAGCAAGAAUGAGUCAGAAGUUGGAGAACUAAAAGCACAAGUAGCCAUGCUCAAAGCACAGCUUUCCCAUGUGCACAGCCCUAAAAUCUCCCACCAACCAACCUCAGAUAAAGUGGAAGCCCUGGAGGAGAGGAUGUCACACAUGAGGGGUGAGCUAGCAGCCAAGGAAGAGCACCUCAUACAGGCAAGGGAGGGUGAAGCGAGGGAGGCCUGCAGGGCUAAGAGCCUGCUACAAGAGGUGGCAAGGCUGAACAAGGGCCGAGAGGAAGCCAUUCGCCAGGUCAUGGUGCUGGAGGCUAGCCUGACAGAGACACGUGAAGGAAUAGAGGCCAGCCAAUCUAUGGGAAGGUUAUGGGAGACACAGGUGGCAAAUAUUGAAAAAGAAGUUGCCCGGCUGCUCUGUGAGACCAACCAGCUGAAAGACUGUAAUGCUGCCCUUCACAACCAGCUGUCAUCUAGUCAAGCUGAGACUGAGGCUUUGAGGGAACAUAUGAGAGCAAAAGAAAACCAAGUGGAAGAGCUGCAGCAAGCACGUGACCUCCUGGCUAGCGAUGCACAAGUGGUGGUGGCAGCUGUGCGGCAGUGGCUUCAUGAGCAGAAGGUGACCAACACUAAACUUGCUGGAAAGCUCCACCAACAGAAUAAACAGAUCCUCUUACUCAACACUGAGAAACAGUUCCUGGCGGAGAGAAACACUAGCCUGCAACGAUCAAACCACGACCUGACGCUACAGGUGCAUGACCUGAGGGCAAGACUCGGCCUCCCGCUCACCCCAAAUACUCCUGAGAAGCUGGGUAAGGUUGGUGGGGUGAUGGUGACCGGCUUCGCCUCUCCCCGGGUGAUGUCCCCCACGCUGGGCACGCCGCCCUCCAGGGGAACCGCCCACCCUGUCGCUGCGGCCCACCCUCCAGUGCCGGAUUCAGACGCUAAAUUUGAUGACUUCAUGAGCACGUGCUCCUCGGAAGGCAGUGCCAACGGGUGCCUCGUGCCCGGCCCAGACUUGCCCGGCGCCGCCCAGCUGGAUCGCCUCGCUCAACUGGCAGACUCUUUGCUCGCUGCCUCAAGGAAUAUCAGCCGUGCUUCAGGGUGCCUCCUGGAGGCUCACGGGACGGGCAAGCUGACUACUGCGACCUCCCUGGGUGACCUUACCUCUGUCGGAGCCUGGGAUCAUCGGAAGUCUCUGGGCAGCAAGAGGACAUCAGCAUCUGUAGGUAACCUUACAGCUCUCUUUCCUCUGGACCUGAGGGAGAAGACAGCGUACUCGAUCUCUAAGCUGGGGUCCAGAAUGUCGCCGGUGCCGUGGUCAGGGCGGGGUGGAGAGGUCAUCGUGGCGGCCCCAGUGAGGGAAAGGAAAGGUUCACAUCGAUUCUUCAGCAGCCACAGCAUCGAGGAGGUAGACGAGGAGGAUAUGUCUCGUUGUGAGGCUGUAUCUCGUGCCCCCAGCUGCUCCACUACAAGGUUAAAUGUCCAGGGCACUCCUCAAGCCCCUAUGUCUUCCAAGGCCACUCAGAACAACGAGGCGUCCAGCUCCCAGCAGACAUGGAGUGAAGCCAAAACCACGAACACCAACAGUAGAACAACCACAGCCUCCCAGACGGUGCAAUUUCCUCCCACUAACGAAUACCCGAGUAGACUAAGCAGGGGCACCUCAGCCUAGGAAGAUCAAACUGACGAGGACUGAAGUUCACCCUUACAUGUAGAAAACGUAUGUUAUCUUGUUUUCAAACUUUUUUUUUGUAUAUAAGCACAUAGGUGAGUAAAUGUUAAAGAAUCAAUAAAUUGAAGAGAAAAAAAAUAUUAAGCGCGUUUAUGAUUAAAAGCACAGUAAAACGUGUACAAAAAAUAAGGUGACUUUAAUAUCAAGCUUGCUCCGGUAAGUGCAUGUUUGUCAUACCAUCGGAAGGAUCUCUUCUUUACUGAAAAUCAGACAUCAAUAAUCAAAACUAAAAGCAAAAAAGUAAAAUAAAAUCGUUUUAUCAGUGGUGCUAAACAAUCACAAUUCACAGAAAAUGUCUGAACAAAUUUUUAUGAUGCAAUAAAAAAAACAGAAGCAGUCGGUGAAUUACCUGCUGAUGAUGCAAUUGAAGUGGAGGGGAAGGAGACAGUAAAGGUAAAGGUAAAGAUGGGGGGAUACACUAAAGUUGAACGUGGCGUCGGUGCUUAUCUCCGUCACAUUAGCCCCUGAGCGGCUGAGCCUGCGGUGAGAACCCAUUAUCCCGGGGCACAGGACCAGUGUGACAUCCGGGUUACUACAAUUUACCUUUCCCAGGUUAACCCAGGUAGGUACCCAUUUAUCAACCAAUCCGAAAAGGAGGAUGAACACACAGCUAGGUAAUCUGCGCCCCGACUGCCCGGGCCGCUUUUCGAACCCAGUCCUGUGGAUUCGUAGCUAGACAUGCUGACUCUACACCACAGAGGUGGUAUGGGGAGGAGGUGAAUGGAGGUAGCUUUAAACACGAAUCAGCUUUAUUGUUGACGACACUUAUAACAUAUUCCUAGAACAGUGAGAAAAUGGACAUCAGAAGCAAUGUGUGAAGGUUGCGUGAGGCAACUAAUAUUACAUCCAGAAACUGUGCUGGCCUCCCUCCGCUCCGAUGCCGCGUUCGAACUCUCGGCGUAAACCAAGGUAAAGGUUGCUACGCAAGGCGGGCAUAACGCCACAUGAAUUACAGAGGAGGAGGAGUAGGGUGGUAACCGGUGAAAGAGAAAAUUAAGAUCAUGUACCGUAUCCUAGUGCAAUUUAUUAUUCGGUUUUGCAGAAGCAGUACAAUAAUAAAUAAGUAAGGAACUAAUCUAAAGUAAAGUUGGAUAGAUUUGCACCCACGAACAAUUCAAACAGCAGCCAUAUUUGCAAAACUGAACUUGCAGCACAUGACACACCCGGUCGGAGGACAGAUGCAGAUUCUGAGAUUCAGUCCCCGCGCCGGUGUUGCCAACCCCCCAAAAUGUUUUUUUUUUUUUUUUGUCCAAAUAUCCCCACAUAUGUCACCGAAAAGUCCUUACGUAUUCCUACUUACAAAGGCAAAGUCUUUAUACGCCUGUCCCUACGUUGAUGAACUUUUUUUUUUUUUAAAUAAGAAA